AUGUCCAAACUACAGUUGCUGCGUGUGUUCUUAAAUGAGCGUUUAACGGCGGGUGCUGUUGAGAAAAUGGUAGCAGAGUAUCAGGAGGAGAAUGAUUGGCUACAGAGACUCCUGCGGAUUACACCUGAGAUUAAACGAUGUAUAAUAGGGUUGUAUGUAAAUAUAGAGAUGGAAAAACAUCAAAACGUUGUAUCUGUGCCAUUAUGGUGUAGUGUGACAGCAUGGGCAGCACCAUUGAGGCUAUCUACAUUUUAAAGUAAUCAAUUUGGUUUUUAUUUUGUUUGAAUUUUUUUUAAAGCUAAUAUUGGUAAUUAAGUCCUGCACCAAAUUAUAUUUGUCAUUCAUUUAUUGUGGUCACUAGAUGGCGGGGAUAUAGCUUAAAGCCAUUAACAAACCAUAGCACCCAAUUUGAAGAAGACAAUGCGCUGAUCAUUGGCAGAUCGCUCCCAACCCAUAGGAAUCCCCACCUAGUUGACUACUUUAAAAUGGUGGAAGCCAGAGAUACUGAAGGAAUUGAGAUGACGCUUUACCGCAUUUUCCCAUUUAAAACAAAAGGUAAAUGUGCCGGUAUGUGUAAAUUGGUGUUCCCCCUCUCGCGUUAGCAUGCUUUCUCGCAUGAGCCGUCCAAUACUGCUUCAGGCGCUUUGAGAAACUGCACAGACCUAAAAAAUUGCUUUUCUACUAAUUGAAAAGAUGUCCGUUUGGGCUCAUAAUGCACAGAACACGUUUGGUUUGUCACAAAAUUUGGCAAAAAUGUACUACCGUGACUGUGUGGGGGGAAAAUCUAUAAUAUACGGACAAAUCCUUUGGCUCUCCCGUAGGCACCAAUGCAGUAACGGCUGGCUCUGGUCUACUUAGUCCCCACUCCCCCGACCAGAAAAAACGAGCCAAUGAGAUGUCUCGCUUUCUAUAAUGUAUCUGAUGGAAGCCCUAAAUGUCAAUGUACAUGCAAAAACACGGUUAUAUCCAAGCUAAAUCCUCUAACUAUCUCUAUGAUAUAUACAGUUAUAUACAGUUCUACUUAAUUAAUAAACUGUUUAGGCUAACAGUGAUCACCAGCUAAACAAUUUUAAGAAGUUGUUUUACAUUUUUUACUGUGAAUGAAGAAAAACCUUGCCUGUCACGAAAACCAGGAAGUGAUUUGAACAUAUAAUUCAUGAUGGGAAAAAACGUUGAAAACAAAUGGCUUUUUAUGUUUAGUUUAUUGAUAAGUAAUUGGAAAUAGUCUUUAGAGUCUAGUUUUAAAUUUUUGAAUUGCAAUAUCAAUUUACAGACUUACAUUUUUAUUGACACUGAUGUCUAAAGGCUGCUCCAUCUCUCCUUCCCUCCAGACUCCCUGCAGCUCUCUCUCACUGUCUCUGAAAAGGAGGUUCCUGCUGAGCAGCUGCACUGUGAGCAGAAGUGGAGCCUCAGUCUGGGGCAGGAGAACCCAGAGCCCACACAGAUUAAAGAGGAAGAGGAGGAAGUCAGGACCCAUCAGGAGAAAGAGCAGCUUCAAGGGCUCUUUGAUAUCAAAGUCUCCAUAUUCCCUACUCCCUGUGUGAAAAGUGAAAGUUUAUUUAGUUGGUAUAGAUAACCUCUGCUCCUCCUUGCCUUCCCUCUAGAGUCCCUUCAGCUCUCUCUUGCUGUCUCUGAAGAGGAGGUUCCCCCUGAGCAGCAACACUGUGAGCAGGAGUGGAGACCCAGUCUGCAGCAGGAGGACCUAGAACCCACACAGAUUAAAGAGGAACAGGAGGAACUCUGGACCAGUCAGGAGGAAGAGCAGCUUCAAGGGCAGGAGGCUGAUAUCAUAGUGUUCAAAUUCCCUCCUCCUUGUUUGAAAAGUAAAUGUGAUCAGGAGAACCCACUUCAGUCCUUUACUCUUCCCCAAACCCAGACUGUGGAGAACAGAGAAAGUAACUCUAAACCAGUGGAUCUCCCACAUUUUGUCACUGUUACCCACCUAAAGGGUCUCGACAUUCCCUGUGACCCUCCAGAUAAUCAAAACAGUGCCUCCAGCCACAGCUCAGCUGUAAUCAGUGACCCAGUAAGACUUAGGCUGCUGUCACCAUUGCAUCCCAGCCCACCAUUGGAUACCAACCUAUCAAUGGGGGAACACUGUUCCAAACCCAGCACUACGUCUAGUAAAACUCACUACAGCAGUGACUGUGGGAAAACGUUUGCUCUGAAAGCUGACCUGCAGGGGCAUGUGACUCUCGCCAAGAAGAGACCCAGCGAAUGCCGCCUCUGCAAAAAACGCUACAACUCCACCUGUAAAUUGAAGGCCCAUGUCAGACUCUGUCACGUGGAGAAACCCUGCACCUGCCCCUUUUGUGUAAAGACCUUUAAACUCAAAGGACAUCUUUCCAGGCACAUGAGGAUUCACACAGGAGAGAAAUCGUUUGGCUGUGGUGACUGUGGGAAAAGCUUCAUUCAGAAGGGGGACCUAAUGAGGCAUAUACUGACUCACACAGGAGAUAAAUAAAUUUAGCUGUGAUGACUGGGGGAAAAGCUUCAAUCGGAGGGGGCAGCUGAAGGUGCACAUACGGACUCACACAGGAGAGAAACAACAUGGCUGCUUCGUCUGUGGUAAAAGAUUCACUCAUAAGGCUUAUCUACUGAAACUUGUGGAUAAGGUCCACAAAGAAAGAAACAAAGAAAGAAAACAGGAUGAAAACUGAAAGAAAGUGAAAUAGGACAAAUAUCUUCUGUCAAAAGAUGGGAAUAAAAAGGCAUGUGGACAACACUCUUAGCGAAGCACCUCUGGACCAUUCUUGCCAUUGUCUUGUGAUGAAUUUACUUUUGUAAAACAUGCUAUGUAAAUAAAGUUUCAUUUUAAUUGAAGGGAGAGGUAAUGAUCAAACAGUAGUAUGCAGUAUUAUGUGAAUCUCACAGGUCUGCUGUUCAAAGUCUGUUGAUGUUUUCACAUGAUUAGAAACAGGAAUAUCUUGUAGUUUGUUUUGGAAUCUUAGGGUGACGAGAAAAUGGUCUGGUUGAUUACACUUUCCAGAAAAUAUCUCCUUCCAUCUGUCUUUUUGUCAUAAUUUUGACUUAAUGCUGCUCAUUCAUGAUAAUGUUUGAAUCUUUAGGGAAGUAAUGAUUUACAGUCGAUUCCUGAUGUGCACUUUGUAUGAGUGAAAACUCUGUUUUAAGUGCUUGUGACAUUCUUUGUAGUUGCUUCUGAUAACCGCAUUCUCUGGUUUAGUGCAUGCUUUCACAUCAGUCCCAAGCUGUUGCAGUUGUCAGGAGUCGCCUGUGUUACAAUGUGUUGUCUUUCAAUUCAGUUCACCAUCCUAAAUCACCCUAUUACUAAUUAAAACUGUUUCCCCACAUGAAGUUAUCUAUUUCCAUCAUCACUGGUCUGUAGCUUCAAGUAAAACUUGCUGAAGCGUUACUAGCAUGCUAGCAGAUACCCAUAGACUACCUCUAACUUCCUUCAUACUGAAAACAGAGACAUAGAAAUGGUAUCCACGAGAUAAAGGGCCUCAUUGCCACAAUCCCGAAGUAUACCUUUGAAGGUCUUUUCUGAUUGAGCCCACAUAUGCCAUGAAUGCAGUCUGCUAAUGCGGGAACAGUGCCUUUAAAUUUCAAUCACGCUGAAUUUCUGUGAUACGGAUUGAAUAGAGCCCUAGGUCUUUAGUUGGGUUUUAUUUUUCCUUGUUUUUUACCACCUACCCCUUUCAGAUAUACAAAAAAGCAUGCAAAAAGAAGCAGGCAUGGUAAAUUAGUGGGAUUUCGGUCUGUAUAUAAAAAAUCUAUCGCAGAAGAUCCAUGGCAUAGUGUGAUUGAAAUUUAAAGGCAAUGUUCCUGCCUUUGCGCCAAUUGCAGUCACAGUAAACACUGCAAACAGUAUGUCGACUCAAUAGGAAAUGACCUUUACAUUUAAAUUGCACUAUACCGCAGAUCUUCUGCGAUAUGGAAUUAAUUGAGCCCUAGAUUUUCAAUGUCUGAGGACAGUAUAUCCAGUUAGUGCUUCAGACUUGUGCGAUGUAGUGGUUUAGGGGGAACUGACAAUAAAGAGGGGUAUGGCCACAGUCCUGGGCCAUAAAGGUCUAGACAUUGCCCUUAGACAUACAGGUCUAGGAUCAGCUUACCCUCCACUGUCUCCACGAAUCCUACUCAAAACCAUGAGGAGGGGAAACACAAAACGGACCAUAGAUCAGUCUGUAGUUGCCUACCAUAUACACUGUAUGAACAUUAACAGUAUUUAAAAAAUGUAAUAUACAAGAUGAAAUCAAUAUCAUAAAUGAGCAGCAUUAAGACAAAAUUGAUUUAAAAUAAUAUUGGACAAAUGCAAGGACACAUUUUCUUUGAGUAUAAUUUUUUAAAAAAUAUAUCUAUAACAUCCUUCAGACUAUUCUGGAGACAUUCCAAAACAAACUACCAGGAAUUCCUGUUUUAUAAUGAUGUGAAUACAUCAAGAGACUUUGAACAGCAGACCUGUGAGUUUUCAACUAAUCUGUACUAUUAGAUCAAAUCAAACUUUAUUUACAUAGAACAUUUUACAAAAGUAUAUUCAUUACAUAAAUUUAUCUGAAACACAGAGAAUGAAUGAUCUAGAGUUGCUUUGCUUUUCCAAAGAGUGUUGUCCAUCUUCUGACAAUAUGUCUUUGUCCUAAUUUGUUUCUUCUUUGUGUUUCCAUCCUGUUUUCUUUAUUUGUUUCUUUCUUUGUGGACGUUCGCUCCUGUGUGAGUCAGUAUGUGCAAGUUCAGGUUCCCCUUCCGAUUGAAGCUUUUCCCACAGUCAUCACAGCUAAAUGUUUUCUCUCCUGUGUGAAUCCUCAUAUGUCUGGACAGAUCUUUGAGUUUGAAGGUCUUUCCACAAAAAAGGCAGGUGAAGAGUUUCUCCACGUGACAGAGUCUGACAUGGGCCUUCAAUUUACAGGUGGAGUUGUAGUGUUUGUAGAGGCGGCAUUCUCUGGGUCUCUUCUUGGAGAGAGUCACAUGCCCCUGCAGGUCAGCUUUCAGAGCAAACGUUUCCCCACAGUCACAGCAGCGGUGAGUUUUUCUAGACGUGGUGCUGGGUUUGGAACAGUUUUCCCCCAUUGAUGGGUUGGGAUCCAAUGGUGGGCUGCUGUCAAGUCCUACUGGGUUGCUACUUACAGCUGACCUGUGGCUGGAGGCAUUGUUUUGAUUAUCUGAAUGUCAAGACUCUUUAGGUGGGUAACAGUAACAAAAGGUGUGAGAUCCACUGGUUUAGAGGCAGUAUCUCAGUUCUCCACAGUCUGAGUUUGGAAAGGAAUGAAAUGGAUUCUCCUGAUCACAUUCACUUUUCACACAAAGAGGAGGGAAUUUGAACUCUAUGAUAUCAGCCUCCUGCCCUUGAAGCUGCUCUUCCUCCUGACUGGUCCUGACUUCCUCCAUUUCCCGUUUAAUCUGUGUGGGCUCUGGGUCCUCCUGCCCCAGACUGGGGCCCCACUCCUGCUCAAAGUGCUGCUACUCAAGGGAACAUUCUCUUCAAAGACAGCUGCAGGGAGUCUGGAGGGAAGCCGAGUAGGAGCAGAGGUUAUCUGUAUACCACAGAAUUAAAUAGAACAACUGAAUGAUACAACAGAAUGAUAGAUCUCUAUGAUAUAUAGACCUAUAUUCUUUAGACAUGCCUGAGUGUACAUACCAAGCAAUAUGCUAUUUCAAUAAGCUUUUUGUGACAGACAACUUUUUAAUCAUGCACAGUAAAAUUUACAUUCAAAAUUGUUCUUUAAAGAGUAGCUAAUGCUAAAGCAGCACAUUGGAUUCCAUUAAAAUGCAACGCCCAGCAUUGGGGUGAGUAGCUGCAGUAAGUGUUGUGGAAUCCAAUGUGCUGCAUUAGCAUUAGCUAUCUUUAGCGUGCUGACAAAAAGGCAGUUUAAUUCAAAAUGAGUAGUAUUUCAAUCUUCUAAUUAUAUAAUUAUCACAGCCACGAAAUCGAAGGAGUACAAUGACACCACAGGAAGUUGGUGGCACCUUAAUUGGGGAGGACGGGCUCAUGGUAAUGGCUGGAGCUGAAUAGGUGGAAUGGUAUCAUAUACAUCAAACACAUGGUUUCCAUGUGUUUGAUGCCGUUCCAUGUGCUCCGUUCCAGCCAUUAUUAUGAGCCGUCCUCCCCUCAGCAGCCUCCUCUGAGCGACACCUACCAUCCCUGGAUUGAGGUACGUUUUCAAGCUAUAUCCCUGGUUCGUCACUGCGGUGCUAACAUAAUGGGCAAACUGCGUUUCAACUUGAGAGAGAAGAUACUAAAUGUCAAGUUGAGUUUUGGCUAGAUAUUUAUACUGCCCUGCAAAGGCAAAUAGCAGAAACUACGCAAACAGUGAAACAGAAAAAUAGCUUUAAUGUUUUUUGUUGUUGCUGCUGUCAAGCCAAAUAUGUUGUAGGUAGAUAAGUGAUAAUGCACUGAUGUAUUAUCUUAUUAUGAAGCUAUUUCUGAUCUGACCUACAGUGAGCUCCAAAAGUAUUGGGACAGUGACAAUUUUGUCUCUGUACUCCAGCACUUUGGAUUUGAAAUGAUACAAUGAUUGUGAGGUUAAUGUGCAGACUGACAGCUUUAAUUUGAGUGUACUUUCAUCCAUAUCAGGUGAACUGAAAUUACAGCACUUUAUGUACAUGGUCCCGCCAUUUUAGGGGACCAAAAGUAUUGGGACAAAUUCACUUACAUGUGUAUUAAAGUAGUCAAACGUUUAGUAUUUGGUCCCAUAUAACUAGCACGCAAUGACUACAUCAAGCUUGAGACUCUACAAACUUGUUGGAUGCAUUUUCUGUUUGUUUUGGUUGUGUUUCAGAUUAUUUUGUGCUCUAUAGAAAUGAAUGGUAAAUAAUGUAGUGUCAUUUUAGAGUCACUUUUAUUGUAAAUAACAAUAUAAUAUGUUUCUAAACACUUCUACAUUAAUGUGGAUGCUACCAUGAUUAUGGAUCAUCCUGAAUGAAUCCUGAUAAUAAUGAGUUAGAAAGUAAGAUGAACAAAUGUCAUACCCCAAGACAUACUAACCUCUCACCAUUACAAUAACAGGGGAGGUAAGCAUUUUUUGGAGGGUAUGAUAUUUGUGCUUCUUUAACUUUCUCACUCAACAUUAUUCACUGAUUAUUUCAGGAUGAUCCUUAAUCAUGGUAGCAUCCACAAGAAUGUAGAAGUGUUUAGAACAACAAGCUCUCAGUCUUACUUCAGAAUUAGAUGUUCAUCCAUGUUUCUCAAACAUUGAAUUUCGAAGUUGUUCCAAAUGUCACAUUUCAAAGUGUUUAAGGUUAAGUUUAAAAUAUACAUUAAUUCCAAAUUGUUAAGGUUAAGGUUAGGCAUGAACUUUGAAUGGUUAAGGUAAGGGUUAAGGUUUGGGAUAGACUUAAAAUAUAAAUCUCAAAAACCAGAGGCAGAACAUUUUACCUAAAAGUCUGCCACUGGUGCCAAAGGUUGCAUGUUUGAAUCCAGCUAAGUUGUUUUUUUAGAUUUUUGUUUAAGCCUAUCCCAAACCUUAACCCUAACCUUAACCAUUCAGAGUUAAUGCCAAACCUUAAGAUUUCGGAGUUAAUGCAGCCUUUGGCACCAGAGGCAGAUUCUUAUGCCCAUCCACCAUCCCUGUUCACGACACCCUAGCAGAACCGAAACCUACUUGAAGGUAACAGCGCUCACUGUUUUUGCCCCUAGUAGUCGGUUUCCACGUCAUCUCCCGACGUCCUCAGACAUGGAUUGACUUCGAAUACUGACUUGUAUCACGGCUGACCUGGCUGGUUUAGAAACAUUGUAUUCUCUAGUAAGCAACCCUCCACAUGGGGGUGCUGUGAUGUGUUUCACUGGCUCACCACUGACUGAUACAAACAGAAGAAGACAAUACGGAUGUAAAACUGGGAGAGGGUUUGUUUUGUUUGUGGCCAUCAUUUUUCCUCCUGGAUGAAGUCAUACCACAAACAAAAGGGGUUAGUUAUCAGUAUAUUUGCCAUACUAGUUGAAUACUCACCUCACACUCGACUGAAAAUGUCUACAUUACAGAUGUUGCGCGUGUUCUUAAAUGAGCGUUUAACGGCGGCUGCUGUGGAGAUUUUUGGGGCAGUUGAGAAAACUGUAGCGGAGUACCAGGAUGAGAAUGAUCGGCUACGGAGUCUGCUGCGGAUUACACCGGACAUAAAACAAUGUAGAAAAGGUUCGAAUGAAUAUCUACAAAUAUCUAGCUGCAAUUCUUCUUGA